CCCUUGCUCCGCCGGCUAUUAACGUCGUCUUGCUCGACGAACCGAAGCGCAUCGAACGAUUCUUGCUCAUUACGAUCGCCAAAAUCCCUCUUUACCUUCCCGAUUCAAACCCUAAAACCUCCAAUCGGAGGAAUUCUUUGAGGAGCUUCUCGAUUUGUCUCAAUCCGGCGCCGAUUUUUUGAUCGCCUGUAUCUGCGUAUGUAGUAGGUACUCAGGCCGGGGCAUGAAGAAACAGUUGCCGGAUAGUAUUGGAGGCAAGAUGGCUCGGGAUCUAGACCUUAACUCUCUUCCUGUAGAGUGGUAUCUCUUGGAGGGGACUUCUGCUGCUUUUGAACCCUAUCAUACUGCUGGACAGCAACAAGAAUCUUCUGCCCAACCAAUUUCUAUCAUUGAUGUAGAAGGGAUACAGGACGAAAAUCUUACUCUUUCAUCCUCAGGAGGCUUUCCCAUGGGGACACAUCAUACCAAAGGGAAACAGCCAGUGACAGUGAUCAUAGAUGUUGAUCUGGAGUUGAAUCUGAGCAGAUCAGGUUUCUUUCCUCUGAUGGAACAAGUUGCACGCUCAUCAUUUAAUGCUCACAAGAGACCACUUAUCAGUUCACCUAGCAGGAAAAGUUUCUUUCCUUUGAUGCCCACCUAUUUUUCAGUCAUGGCAGAGGAACAAGUUGCGCGCUCAUCAUUUAAUGCUCACAAGAGACCACUUAUCCGUUCACCUAGCAGGAAAAGUAUCGAUUGUGAUGCGUAUAUUGAUUUGGAAGAAGGGCAUGGCACUAAGGUCAUCAUAUUGGAUGAACCUUAUUCUGAAAUGUGAAACCGAAGAAGAGGAUUUGAGAUGCUCCCACGAUUCUGAAGAAGUGUGGUAUGAGGCAGAAGAUUAAACAUAGGCAGAUGAGAAAAAAUAGUGAAGAUUAUAUCUCAUCAGUAGUCAUAGUUACUUGAACUGAGUGGAGCUUGAAACUCCGCUUGCCUUCUGCAAGUUUCAAAAUUUUCAUUGAGAUCAAUACCACAAGAAGAAUUUUAGCGUUUCUCAUGAAUUCUGAAAACACUCAGUCCUCCCUUUGGUAAAAUACCCAAACUGUUCUGUUUAUUCAUUUCUAAGUCUCAAACUCGAUUCAUCAUCAUUGUCAAAAGAUGCUCAUGUCCAACUAUUCAAGGUCUGCCACAUGAUUCAUGUUUGUUCAUGAACUCUAUGCAAUUCAAUCUUGAUUCUUUCUAUGAAA